AUGGUCCAACUUGCUAGAUCACCACACAUCAUUUUGUUUACGGCGGCGGGGCCGGGCGCAGGCGUGAUAAGCGCCACCGCUUCGGCCGCCACCUCCGUCGCCGACGCGCUAGCGACGGCGAUCCACUCCGUCACGCGCGGAUUCUUGGUGCCGAAUGCGGUUUCCAACUAUUACCAUACAGGCGCCCCCCGCGACUACCACGGCGACGGCGCCGAAACCUUCGCAGGCGCAGGCGGGAAUUCCGACAAGCUGCGAUACGUUCGCCCAGGCCCUAUCCGGCGCCUCGUGCUGGCAGCUCGCUACUGA